CCCCGCCCCCUCCCCGCGGGGCUCCAGCUGAGCUCGGAGCCGGGCCUGGGGACUCGGGAUCCCGCUGCUGCCGGGGCCGCAGGAUGGGGCGCGUCCUCGGGGGCCUGCGCUGCAUCAAAUAUAUGCUGCUCGCCUUCAACCUGCUUUUCUGGUUGGCAGGAUCUGCUGUUAUUGCUUUUGGCCUAUGGCUUCGGUUUGGAGGCAUCGUAAAGGAUUUAUCUUCCGAGGGUAAAACCCCUGAGUAUUUCUACAUGGGACUGUACGUACUUGUUGGAGCAGGUGCCCUGAUGAUGACUGUGGGAUUCUUCGGGUGCUGUGGAGCUGUAAGAGAGUCUCAGUGUCUGCUUGGAUCCUUUUUCACCUGCCUGCUUGUGAUCUUUGCUGCAGAGGUAACCACUGGAGUAUUUGCAUUUAUAGGCAAAGGAAUGGCUAUACGAGAAGUUCAGACCAUGUAUGAAGAAGCGUAUAAUGGUUACCUGAAAGAGAAAAUGAACAGAACUCUCAUUACCUUCCACUCUUCAUUUCUAUGCUGUGGAAAAGAAAGCCCUGAUCCAGUCCAAUCUACAUGCCCAAAGGAGCUCCUAGGACACAAAAACUGUAUAGACGAGAUUGAAAAUGUCAUCAGUGCCAAACUCCAACUCGUUGGGAUUGUCGGGAUUGGAAUAGCUGGAGUCACGAUCUUUGGCAUGAUAUUCAGCAUGGUCCUCUGCUGUGUGAUCCGUAAUUCAAGAGAUGUAAUCUAAAACUCCAGCUGCAUGAUAGCUCAAAUCUGGGACUUCCUUACUAAAUGGCACAAGAGACAUCGUCUUACUCAGCUGUUAAAGUGGAAAGGCAUUAAGGUCUAACAUGAUUUGGUUUCCAGUGUACAUUUGCACAUGUAUGUGAGUGUGGUACAUAACCUUCCUGCCAUGUGAGCGAGUGAUUGUGUCCGAGUGUUGUCAGAGCCAUGAGCAGCUGCAGGACAUCUGGUAUGUGCGGGGGAUGCUCAAAGCCCUUUAUGAAUUCCUGUUUCUUCUGUGGUCACAUGGGCGGGGUGGGGGAGUGAUAAAUAACCAGUUUAAAAAAAGAAGAAGAAAAAAGCUUUGAUUCACUUUUGGAAGGUAACAUUCAAGAUGGGGAGAGCCAAUGAGCUUCUAAAAAUCAAAUGUCAGCCGGAAGGGUCCACGGAUUCCUGGGGAGAGGAGAUAGCAACCUGGUGAUGAUGAGUUGGCUCCUCCUGGAGUUUGGGGGAAUUAACUGGCACCAGGGACUUGGAACCUCACAGAUGGUCCCAGGAGGGACCAGAGUCGUGGCAAAACUAGGAUGAACAAGGACAACUUAAUCUGAUUGUUGUUCUUUCCUAACGUGGAUUGAUAUGUACACACAUGCAUAUAUACAUAUGUGUAUAGAGAGAGAUACGAUGUGUAUAUACAAUAUGAGUCCAGAUAAUGUAUAUGUACAGUGUAGGUGCAUACACAAUGUAUAUAUACAAUAUAUUCUAUGCUGUGUAUGUUUACACAAUGUGUAUAUGUAGACGUGUGUAUAUAGAGACACAUAUACAAUGUAUAUAUACAUAAUGUAUAUUUGUGUGUAGACAGUUAUGUGUAUGUGUGUGUAUAGUGUGUACACACAUGCACACACACACGUACACAUGACCCUCCUUGAAAAAUGCCUUGCCUCACAGACAAUCGUGCGCCCCAUAAUGCUAAAUGUUCUUAGGACGGGAAGGUACUUCCCUAGCUUUGAAGAGGUGUCCAUAACCCUUUGCGUCGCGCUCUUUUUCUGCCUCCUCUUUGAGCUACUGCAGCUGCCAUGCCUUUGAAUGGGCUUCUCUCCCAAAGCCUCCCUUUGGUUUGGGGAUGUAAUAAGGACAGGAAAUGAAAGUCAGCAUUCUGCCCAUUGCAUGUUAUGGGUAAGAAAGAGAUUUGGUGUUUUAUCGGCACUGUACCUUUGAAAUACCUCAGGACUUGAGUUUACAUAUUUUUUCCUAAUUAUUUUUGUAUUCUUUUCUUAUUUAUUCACUUAGGAAACUCUUCUUCAUAGGUCAAGAAAUGCAAAAGAUUUCCCCCUAAUUAAAAGAAAUAAAAAUCAAAGAUUAUAAACUCAGCUUCUCUCACGAGCUUCCUUGCCCUAGAAAUGAGCACUUUUCCCUCAUACGUGUUUAGAAUAAGAACCUGGAAAGCAGAGAGGGCAGAUUCCCUCUCUGCACAGCUCCCCUGGGCCAGUUUGUUCAUUGGCGCUCAAACCCGAGCUCACAAUCAAUACUGGCUGCUUUUUUUGGCUGAGUGCGUUCUUGAAAUGGAAAUGGAAAGAACCAACCAAACUUGAAACCUAACAAAAGGGGGAGGCUAGGGGACUUCAGAAAGAAUUCACCCAGCUGUAUGUGCCCGGUCAAGCUCAUCAGUCUGCUCAGAGAAGGCAGAGUCCUGUCCUGGGAUCCUGGAUAUACUUGACUUGCUUGGAAUCCUCUAACUCCCUAUCACUGCCUAGUUGCCCUCUUCCACCCAUUGUCUCUCCCUUCUGCAUAUUUUUGCAAUUGGCAUCAGUGGAAUCCAUUCCUACAGUGAAGAAGGGGUGUAGGGCAGGUGGCAGCUAGGUGGCUUAGUGCAUUGAGAGUCAGGCCAAGAGACAGGAGGUUCUGGGCUCAAAUCUGGAACUUCCUAGCAGUAAGACCCUGGACAAGUCACUUAAUCCCCAUCGCAGAGCCCUUAUCACUCUUCUGCCUUGGAAUCAAUAAACACACAGCAUUGAUGCUAAGAUGGAAGGUAAGGGUUUAAAAAAGAAAAAAAGCAACCCAGGAUAUGAAGGUGAAUUAAGGUCCCAACUGGCUUGGUUAUUUCACUGUGUCUCAUAGCUAAAGAGAAACACUUUCAUUUCAAUAAAAUACAUUAAUUGGGCAAAUGCCUCUAUUCCAAGAGUUGUAGAGUGGAAAAAUCCAUUAGAAAAGGCUGGAUAACCAUUUCUCGUAGAUUUUCAAGUCAUCCGUGUGCCCAAAGUCCCAGAAGCUCCUCCAGCCAGAUUAUUUGGGUGAAAUCUCUGCCUUAACAGAGAUGGCUAUUGUUGGGGGUGUGAUAACUAACAGGGGCCAUCAGAUUGGAGAGGCGCCAUGGUUGGGUCAUUUAAAAAUUUUUUUUUCAUUCCUCUUCACUGGAGGUGAUCCAAGUAGCCUCAAAGACUCUCUUGAGCACUUGACAGAGAAACACAAAACCCAACCUUCCAGAUAAUGGCCAAAUAUUUAGUAAGUUAUUUCAAAAUAUAUUUUCUAUAUAUGGCAACUGCAUGUUGGCUUAAAAAAAUUACUCUUGUUUGAUUUCUUAUGUAACUUCACACUCUUUGGAGAAGUUCAUUUAAGUAUCUAUCCAACCAUCUCAUAUUCAGAACCACCUAUGAAAGGGAAAUACUCUUUUAUAAUAAUAUUGAAGGUAUAAGGUUUAAUUUGCACUUAUUUGGCUGUUUUGUUGGACUUUUAGGAUAUAUAAUACACAUGUGUAAAUAUGCAAGUCUAUGUAUACAUACAUAUGUAUUAUAGAAUAAGCAUAACACAUAUAUACAUAUAUGGUAUGGUGUGUAUACACAUGCAUAUACAUAUAUCAAAAAGUCAGGGAUGUGCCAGCUUAUAAGAGUUGGUUGUUAAAUUUUCACAGUAAGCAUUUACACCUUGAAAAUGAGCAAAUGAGACAAAUCAGAGCUUGAUUUAUUGUUUUGUCAAUUGUCUAGUCUUAAGAAAAUGUUAACACUGCAAAUUAAACUUAGAAAUUUGCCAUGCAUACUUUUUUCUUUCAAGGAGCUGGUUGUUAAAUAUUUACCAGCAUACUCUUAUACUUUAGGGAACACAAUUUAACUAAGUUACUUUAUAUCCAGAUCUGUACUGAAAUGCAUUAUAGCUCUGCUACAUUUUGUGACAUUGCCUUAAUUUUGGGGUUAUUCCUUCUUGUUUUUCACUAUUAAAAAAAAACCAAACCAACAAGAAUAAUAUAUGUAAAAGUACUCUAAAAAUAAAAAGAACUCUACUGA